ACGGCCCAGUCAGGCGCUAAAUCCCCAGCACUGAGAGAGCCUGGAAUGGGCCCAUCCUGCCUCGGUGCCGAGAAAUAACCUGGGACUGGGUGUGCCGUGCCCGGCUCCGGCGAAAGAGAGCGAAUCCCAGGCCUCCGAGGCAGAUAGUCGGUGCGAUGUGCGGUGACAGGCGACGAAAUGAUCCACAGAUACAGCCGGAGGCCGCUGUCCACGCCGCCAGAGAUGUGAGUGUGGGCCGACAAAACUUGUUGCAAUGCAGUGUUGAAAAUCAUCCGCUGCCAGAUAAACUAGAAGAGUUUUCAACACCAUCACCUAUCACCAGUGUCGAGGAUGUUGACUCCACCUGUAGUUGUGAGUCCGAGAUUUCUGUGGACAUCAGUAACCAACCUUCACAGGAUGAUUUUGGACACCCUUGGUCCGCUGCCAACAGUUAUACAGGAACCAGGAUCUCUACUGCCUGCAGCUCUACUUCCUCUUGGGGUGACAAUGAAUUUGAGAAGGCAACCUCCCACCAGGUUCAACAAAUGUUCUGUGAGAUUGAUGAUCUUCUGUUUGAAGAUAAGAAAUGUUCUCGUGUGCAGAAGCUGGAGAAGGAGUGUCAGGAAUGGAAAUGCAGCUUCCCACAUUUUCGGAUAUGUUUUCAUGAUUGAUUGGCACAGAAACAGACCAUUUGGACGAAUACUUGUGAUAAUACUUCAGAAGAGUCCUCCAACCCCUUUUCAUCCU